AAUUGUUUUAGAUAAUGUUUUUUUUUAUUACAUUAUUACCAGAAAAAGAGGUUACAGGAGAAAUGGCGGAGCCAGAUCUUCAUUUCUUUAAUUCGAGUGAAAGGUGGAACCAGUGGAGUGUUGAAGUCAUAUCUGGUUUACAAGAGAAGCUGCAACCUUAUGAAUCCUGGGUGGUGCAUAUCUCCGUAUUAGGUGACAAUCGAGAAGCAUUCACCUUCUUCUUUCCUAUUUUUGCUGGACUGAAAAAUGAGUUAGGAGCUCGUGCACUAUGGGCUGCGAUACUGGUGGAAUGGUCAAACCUUCUUUUAAAGUGGGCAUUCAGAGGAGACCGACCUUAUUGGUGGACGGGAGAGACCUCUCUGUACAAUGAAGAAACUAGACCAUUUCUGCGGCAAUUCCCAAACACUUGUGAAUCAGGUCCUGGUACUCCCUCAGGGCAUGUCAUGAUGAAUGUGGCACUCUUUUAUAUUGCUGCAAGAGGCAUUACUACUUUUUUCAUUUGGAAUUCAGUAACUCUCAACUGGAUUGUGUAUUUUCGUAAAAUUCAGAAGUGGAUUCUCGCAUUCCUGAUAUACAGCCUCUAUAUCUUGCAAUGA